AUGGCGAUGGAGAUCACAUCCACCAGGUAUUGCGGUCUAGCCGGUACUGCUAGGAAAACACUGGGUAUCUGUUUGCUCCUGAUUGUGGUGAUACUGUGGACCGCGUCCAACUUCCUCGCCAGUACCAUUUUCGCCGAUGACACUUAUUCCAAACCAUUCUUUGUCACGUACCUGAAUACUUCCAUCUUCAUCCUUCCACUGUUCACCAUCAUUUCCAGCCGACUCUGGGGCCUCUUUCGCGCGGGGAAGCUAUACCAGAUUCACUCGUUCGAGAACCUACUCCAACAAUUUGACUCUCAGUUCUCGGACGCCGAGUCCGAGCGCAUUCUCAGUCGCGACGAUGACACCUUCCCUGAUGCUGAACAUGGACAAGGGCAUGAUGUCCGCGGAGCCUGGAACACGCCCCGGAGAGACAGCGCAACGAAGGUUAAUGGCAACGAAAAACUAGGUCUAAAGGAGACCGCGAAGCUGAGUUUCCAUUUUUGCCUGCUAUGGUUCACAGCAAACUACUUCUCCAUGGCGUGUCUACAAUACACCACCGUUGGGUCAACGACAAUCCUCACAUCCACCAGCGGCGUCUGGACCCUAAUCUUCGGCGCGAUGCUGCGCGUCGAGAAAUUCACUCUCCGCAAACUCCUGGGCGUCGUCGCAUCCCUCCUCGGCAUAAUUCUCAUAUCCCGCGUCGACCUCUCCGCAACGGACCCCAACCCCGGCAGUCAGGACGGCGGUGGGAGCCGAUUCCCCUCCAAAUCGCCCGGCGAGAUUGCGCUGGGCGACGCAAUGGCUGCCUUCAGCGCUGUCAUGUACGGCGUGUACACGAUCGUGCUGAAGCGCCAAGUCGGCGAUGAGUCCCGCGUAAACAUGCAGCUCUUCUUUGGGCUCGUCGGCGUCUUCAACAUGUUCCUGCUCUGGCCAGGUUUCGUAAUCUUGCAUCUUACGGGUGUGGAGCGCUUCGCGUUACCUGAUACCAGCCGUGUGUGGACGAUUAUUCUUGUUAAUGCGCUAUCAUCCCUUCUCUCCGAUAUCUGCUGGGCGUAUGCGAUGCUGCUUACGUCGCCGCUUGUUGUGACGGUGGGACUGAGUUUGACGAUUCCGCUUUCGCUUGUUGGGCAGAUUUUCCUCCAAGGGGAGUAUGCGACGCCGUUGUAUUGGGUGAGCGCGACGGUGGUCUUCGUUUCGUUUUUGGUUGUUAAUCAUGAGAGUCAGAUCCAGGAGGGUGUGCGGGGAGGGUAUGAUGUUAUUCCCGCGGAGGAGAGAGAGGAUUAG